AUGGACCCGUUAACAAAAUACUUAGUGUACAAUAAAACACCAACAACAAGACACCCGAUGGACUACGAUACCAUAAAAGCACAGAAGAAAGAUGUCAAGGAAAAGGGUGCAGCGAUUGAUAGAAGAGUUCUUCUGCUAUCUCCUGACAUAGAAAGAGUUUACGAAGAGCGGGUUUUGUACGCUAGGAACAAGUUAUUGAAUGGCGCUAAACCAGCUGUGGUCGGCGGCAAGCCGAUAAGCGAAGAGUUAGCUUCUGAUCUUCGAAUAACCUGCUUCAGUUCAGCUUCCUGCCCACCUCGAGGAGAAUGGAUACGAACUCCUCUAGUCAUGAGGCCUCCAGAUCAACCGCUGGGAUACGGCUUGGCUGCUCCAAGGAAUGGAGCCAGGUCUCUGUUGUCUGCUCUUCAGGCACACAUGAUUAAGUGGCUACUUUUUGAUUCACGGCCACCAACGAAGGAUAAUAAGUGUGAUGUACCACCUGACACGUAUCUGCGUCCUUCGGAGGAACGCCAGGAAGAAGCCAUGUGGCGUGCUUGCAGUGACGUCAUCUGGCGUAGUGCAGGAGGAUUCAAUAAUCAGGCAGGAACUGAGCCUAAAGCUAUUGUGUGCUUACCUAGUGACAAUACUUAUGUUCAACAUAGUUCCCAGUAUUAUCAAGAUGGUGUUACAGAAAAGUUCCAAAUAGAAGACGGUGCAGGUGCUUUGCUAGUUUUGUAUUCAUGUGUGCUAUCAAGGGGAUUGGAAAACGUCAAGAAAGAUCUAGAUGGAAAACUGAGCCAUCUGGUAUCUGCUCAGGUUGAAGGAUCUAUUAAUGUGGUGACUCUUCUUCUGACUGGACGAGCUACUCCGUAUCUCCAUAAUGGUGUUUUGUACGUCGGUGAUGAAGACCACUACGCUAUGCCACAAUUUGGAAUCCUAUCUCGCAGUCCUGUCGGUCUUCUAGUGUGGUACGGCGGUGAAGAAAAUGCUAAAGCGGUCAUUAACAAACAGUUUCCUGGGUCUCGGUUGAAAACUCCUGCUUUACCUAUAUGGGUGACCAGCUGCUCUGGGCACUACGGAGUUUUAUUCAACACUAAUCGUGAACUACUGAGAAAUUAUCAUGCUGAAAGAAGGUGGCAAGAUGCUAAAAUUACCUGGACUGGAGCUACACCAUACGUUGGAGAAUCACCAAAAUAA